CAGGCGCGCUGCUCGCCCGUCUGCAGCCCCGCGCCCAGCGCCGCGUCUCGGGGAGUUGAUGGCAGCACCACGGUGCGGCCGCCCUGCCGAGCGCCGAGCGCAGCCACCCGCCGCUGCCCGGGGAGCGUCCAAGAUGCGGGGGGCUCGUGGCGGCAGCGGCCGCAGCAGCGCCAGGGACGGGGGCGCGCAGCAGCCUCCGCUCGCCCGCCUGUGCUGACCUGCCUCGCCUGCCCCCAGAGAAUGUCAGCCAAGUCCAAGGGGACCCCCUCCUCGUCCUGUCCAGCCGAGGGACCGCCGGCAGCCUCCAAAACCAAGGUGAAGGAACAGAUCAAGAUCAUCGUGGAGGAUCUGGAAUUAGUACUGGGCGACCUGAAGGACGUGGCCAAGGAACUUAAGGAGGUGGUUGACCAGAUUGAUACCCUGACCUCUGACCUACAGCUGGAGGAUGAGAUGACCGACAGCUCCAAGACGGACACCCUGAAUAGUAGCUCCAGCGGCACGACGGCCUCAAGCAUAGAGAAGAUCAAAGUGCAGGCCAAUGCCCCUCUCAUUAAACCCCCCGCACACCCCUCUGCUAUCCUCACCGUCCUGAGAAAGCCAAACCCUCCGCCGCCUCCCCCACGGUUGACACCUGUGAAGUGUGACGACCCCCAAAGAGUGGUGCCAGCCGUCAAUCCUCUAAAGACCAAUGGAACCCUUCUGCGAAACGGAGGCUUGCCAGGGCCGCCGAACAAAAUUCCCAACGGAGAUGUCUGCUGCAUCCCCCCCGGUACCUUGGACAAGGCUCCAGCACAGCCUCUGAUGCACAGACCUGAAAAAGACAGGUGUCUCCAGGCAGGACCUCGGGAACGAGUUCGGUUUAAUGAGAAAGUGCAGUACCAUGGCUACUGUCCGGACUGUGACCCCCGGUAUAACAUAAAAAACAGGGAGGUCCACUUACACAGCGAACCUGUCCACCCACCGGGAAAGCUUCCUCACCCAGUCCCCCCGCUUCCUCCUCCGCCCCACCUCCCUCCUUUCCCCCUAGAGAAUGGGGGACUGGGAAUAAGCCACAGUCACAGCUUCCCCCCUCUCAGACCUGCAACUGUGCCUCCUUCCACUGCACCAAAACCACAGAAGACGAUCUUGAGGAAAUCAACCACUACCACAGUGUGAUGUAUGCCAUUUCAAAAACUUUUUGUGCUUUUUUUUAAUUUCUAUAUUAUAAACAUAAAAUAAUAAGUAAGGAGCACUUUCUACUCAAGCAAUAAAAAGCCCAAAUAUAUUAAUUCUGCAUUCAGCAAAGGGGCAUAAAAAAACCACCUGGUAAGUAUGCCAUGUGUUGUUUCUAUCCCAGGUUUAUGUUAUUUAAAAAGUUGCAUCACUAGAAACCACAGAACCAUGAAAAGGCUGAAUAUGCUAUGUGUGUGUGUGUGUGUGUGUGUGUGUGUGUUUAACUGACCUGUGAUAAACAGUGAUCUGCAGGUUUCAAAUAGUUUGGUUUACUAUAAGAGAUGGAAUUAGAUUCAUUUUAUUCAUGCCUAACUCAUCUAUGCAUUAAUAACAUAUCACCCCCCCCCAACUUCGACCCAAUGCUUUUUAGGAAGAAAUUUUAAUACUGAAGGACUAUUUUGUUAUUUUUUUUCUAAAGAUGUUUGUCACUAGUUUUACAUUAUUAAAUGCUGAGAACAAUACCAAAAAGUUUAUUUUCUAUACUAUACAAUUAUAUGUUCAAGCUAUCUAUGUAAUGAAAGAUUUUGUCUGUGGAAAUGUCAUGUGUCAAUAAACAACAGUACAUAAUGGCAAAAUCAGAUGUUCCUCAGAAUUAAAAUGCAGCAGUGGUUCAUUUCAUCCCUACUCAUUUCACCGAAAUGGGUAGCUAUUCUGACAGAGUGUGGAGAAGAUUACAGUGAGCAUAUGCCAGAAUUUUCCAAGUUCACUAUCAUAGUCAGGUCAUAAAUAGUACUUCACGCAUUUUCAUAGGAUGUAUUGUGGUCCCCCCAAGACCGUAUAUGGAGUGUCCCGUUGACCCAGUACAUGGCCAAGCCCUUUAAGGCCCUCCUCACACUGAGCAUUCCUCCAGGACAUACCAUAAACCAGUAUGUUGAAGCAGUGGGAUGGUUUGCCUCCUGCAUCAGCAAGCUCUCUGCCUUCAAGGAAAUACCUAUUUAUCAGAACUACAGCGGAAAAUAAAGACGCUUCUGGAAUAGGAUGUUUUUAGUAUCAGCCUUAACGCUGUUUCCCCUCAGAGUUGAAAUAUGUCAGGGGUCUUUGUCAUAUUUUAGGAGGAAGAGAAGAAAUCCUUCCCUCCUAACAUCUUACAAAAGCCCUCUCUUAAGUCUAACUUUCCAGCUUACAUCACUUACCCAUCCAUGGACCACGUUAACUUCCCAACUACUGUGAUGUGGACUGAUCGGAUAUUUUGUGAACUAGAAAUGAGCUUAUCUGUCCUAGAAUUAUGAAAACAGGUGCAUACCUGAACAAAAGUUGUCCAUGACGUGGCAAGAGUAGAGGCAUUCAUCUUUGGUGGAAAUUCGUUUAUUGUGCAGCUUAAUAAAGAAUGCUUUAAUCUUUUAGACUAUCUGGCUUUUGAUCUCAAAACUUUAAUUUUUUGUUGCUACAGGGAGAUAGUCAUAUUUCUUUCUCGCUGUUUUCAAGCCGUAUUAUGUUAAUUUGGAAUCCUUUUUUUCACAACUUCCUUUUAAAAGAUGAUAGCAUACCUUAGGCAGAUUAACAGAAAAAAAAAUAGGCAUUACUUUUUGAAGGAACAAUUUCAUGAGUAAAAAAAUAGAGGAUGUCAUGUUGCAUAUUUACUCAGCAUGAUUUUCUUUCCUGUGUGUGUUGGCGAUGAAGAUAAUACAAGCAGAAUAAAUCCAGUGUUGUUUUUUUUUUUUCCAGAAAGUUACAGAACAUAAGACCAAUUAUAAAGACAGGCCAUCAUCUAAAAUUUAUUAAUUGUUUGAUAAGUAUAUUUAAUAAAUCUGACCCAAGUAAAUAAAGAAUUGACUCACCAAAUACCAAAAUAUUAUAUUCUUAACAUUUUCAUGCAUUCAUUGAGGCUUGAUAUGAAUAAAUCCAAGACUUCAUCAUCUUUCUAGGUUUUAAUAAUUACUCUCUUUCCAAUGUGUAUCCAUUGUUAGACCAUGUAGUGUUAUAAGCAGUCUUUGAAUGCAUGCAGCUUUCUCCCUUCAGCCCAUCUUCCUUCCAUAGCCAGUUAUGUGUGACCUAAUAAUUAGCUUUUAGUUCAAAACACUGACACCUGUCAAUGUCUGGGAGCCAAUAUGGAUCUCAACGUAGAGCUUCUUAGCAGCCACAAAUCAUGCACAGAGUAGAUAACUCCAUUGCAAUAAAGCAGAUUGAAUAAGCUGAAUAAUUCAUGCUGAUCCAGUAAGGACAUUGAGCCAGAUGCUUAGAUACAACCAGUGAGGUUCAAAUUCACAUCUCUUCUUCCAAGUAUAGACCAAAGGUACCCCAUGGGAAAUCAUCUUUUUAAGUGUGAUUGGUGACAUAUGCCAAAACGACAAUACCUGCUUUUGUUCAACACAUUUACAAGUAAAUUUUGGCCUGGAAAGCUGAAUUAAAUCCCAACCUAAAAAAGAUAAGAGGUAUUGACCUUCUUCUCUUAUUACACUUUAUUAUAUCAUCAGCAUUAAUGUUAGAUCAUAUGAGUGUUGGGACUUUCUUUUGAGUUUAUUUCCAUAUGUUAUUUCAUUUUUUUUCAUUAAGGUAUGGAAUAUAUUGGGGGUGCCUGGGUGGCUCAGUCGGUUAAGUGUCUGACUUCAGCUCAGGUCAUGAUCUCUUGGUUCAUAUGUUCGAGCCUUGGGUGAUGCUAUGCUGACAGCUUGGAGCCUGGAGCCUGAUUCGGAUUCUGUGUCUCCCUCUCUCCCUGAUCCUCCCCAACUUAUGCUCACUCUC